UUCUUAAACCGGUCGACAGACUAAAGAAUGUUUCAUUCAGUGGAAUAGCUUUAUUCUCCAACUGAAAGCCAGUCACCACGUUGUACUAAUCGCCUGAGAGUUCUUUGCGCAUGCUCUGCAUUUUCCUUCCACAAAAAUGGAUCGUUGGCGAGGUCGCACAGCGCUGGUGACGGGAGCAUCCUCCGGUAUCGGACUGGCCGCGGCGGAAACACUGGCACGCCAGGGAAUGAAUGUCAUCGGAUGUGCCCGGAAUCUGGAAAAAAUCGAGGCGUUAAACAACACCCUCCCCAAAGGCUCCGGUACCGUGCGCGCCAUCAAGUGCGAUAUCACCAAAGAGGAGGACAUCAAGCGCAUGUUCGCGGAGAUCGAGAAAACCCACAAACACGUGGACGUUCUUGUGAAUAAUGCCGGCAUGGCCAAAACCGAUACGCUAGUGACCGGCAGCGCGGACCAGUGGCGCGAGAUGAUUGAUGUAAACGUUAUGGGAUUGUCUAUCUGCGCGCGUGAAGCGCUACGAUUGAUGACCAAGGACCAGAUCACCGACGGUCAUAUUAUAAACAUCAACAGCAUGGCGGGACAUGCUGUGCCUCCGUGGGCUACCGCCCACUUUUACUCGGCUACCAAACACAUGGUCAUCGCGCUCACGGAAGCUCUGUACCGUGAAGUGAAGGAAAUUUCCAAAAAGAUCCGCGUAACGAGCAUUAGCCCGGGUGGUGUGCAGACCGACUUCGGCAACCGAUGGGUUGGUGAGGAGAAUGUCAAGAAGCUGGCGCUCUCCGGCUCCGGUAUGAAGCUCCUGGAGGCGCAGGACAUUGCCGAUGCCAUUGCUUAUGUCGUCAACGCGCCGCCGCAUGUGUGCAUCAAGGAGCUUAUUAUUGCUCCCACGGAGCAGCCGGCGAUGUAGACCUUGCUUUAUGGUAUCGACACUUGUUGUAUGACGCAUAGUUGUAUUUUCUGUAUUGCUAGAUUGGUAUUAAUUUUCCGGAUUUUGUGUACAAGGAAAACUUCAACCCGAACAAUAUUAUACAGCAUGCA